UGGCCGGUAAAGCAGUAAUCUUAUAAAUUUUGGAGGUUAUAUGUCAAUUUCAAAAACAAUAAAUUUUAAAAUAAUGAUAUAACACCGCAUGUUAUUAUUAUAAUCCUAAAAUGUCUAAAGAAUUGGGAAAUGUGCUAUUGGGCGGGGGGUCCGGAUUUAUCGGCAAACACUUAACAUCCCUUUUAACCAGCAAGGGUUAUAAUGUAACUAUUAUAUCACGUAUGCCAGGGGCCUCAAGGAUAUCAUGGACCGAUUUACAAACCAAAGGCCUACCUGAGAGCACUACUGCAGUCAUAAACCUAGCAGGUCAAAAUGUAAUGGACUUCACGCAACGUUGGACAACGGGCUUUAAGCAGAAUGUAUUUAAUUCUAGAGUUAAAACAACAGCAUCUCUAGCAGAAGCCAUAGCAAAGGCCCCCAAAAGGCCUAAAGUUUUUGUGGCUAUAUCUGGAGUGGGGGCAUAUAAACCUAACGAUAAAGAGUAUACUGAGAGUUCAAUAUUGGAAAACUUUGACUUUUUCUCCAAGUUGUGCAUAGAAUGGGAAAAGGCUGCUUGUCUUCCCAAGGAAGUUACAGAUUGUAGGCAAGUUAUUAUAAGAAGUGGAGUUGUGUUGGGUAGGGAUGGAGGCAUGAUAAAACAACUGUAUUUGCCUUUUUUCCUGGGGUUAGGAGGACCUGUUGGAAGUGGCAUGCAAUAUAUGCCAUGGAUACACAUUGAUGAUCUCACCAGAUUGAUAUUAUUUUCUAUAGAAAAUAAUGUUGAAGGAGUUUACAAUGGAGUUGCUCCCACACCAGCUACCAACAAAGAAUUCUCAAAUGCUUUUGCUGGUGCCCUUUCCAGGCCUGCCAUCUUUCCAGUUCCAAAAUUUGUGUUCAAUGCUCUUUUAAGCGAAGAAAGAGCAAAUAUGAUUACUAAGGGCCAAAAAGUAUUACCCCAGAGAUACCAGGAAGCUGGAUUUACCUAUAAUUUUCCCAACAUCACUGUGGCCUGUCAGGACCUAGUUCAGAAAAAAGCAUAGUCUGCUGUUAAAGGAUAGUUUGCUUAGGUAUUUAUUUUAAACUUAUUGUAAAUAGGUGUUAUAAAAUAUAAUAUUUGCUUUU